CGGAAACAUGCUCCAAUCGAAGGUUCCGCUUAUGACUUACUUUUCCGGGAUUCCAUACACCUAAACAAGGAUUGUAUUUUGUCUUUGUGUGGACUAGCAAUGUAACGUAAUUUGAGGGAUUGAUGCAACCGUAUGCAGGAAAACCAACUGGCACAACAAACAUCUAUGUGGAACUGCUGACACACACACACACACACACCUUUUGCUGCUAUCCUGCUCUCCACCCUCUUCAGUAAACCUUCAGAGCAUCAAAUCUUCUCGCCAUGUCCAUCCAGCAACCCCAAACUCAAAAUGAACGGGCUUACCUGUCGAUGAUGAGAGGCUUUCAAGAGCUGGACUUUCGUGGGCCUUGUGUUCCCAGUGACCUGUUGCUGAUUGGAGACCAUGCCUUUCCUUUAGCAAUGAACAGCCGAGGCCAGACCCUGAUUGCAGCUUCUCUGUACGGCAGUGGAAGGAUUGUGGUCCUUGGUCAUGAGGGCUACCUGACCGCUUUUCCUGCUCUGAUAGAGAACACUCUGACCUGGCUGAGAGGAGAUGGAUCUGAAAACCUGUCUGUGGGGGUCCAUAGUAAAGUGAAGGCAGUCGCUGAUAACCUCAGCAAAUCCAGCUUCCAAGUCAAAGUUGUUGGUUCUUUAGGUGACAGUCAGGAAUUUGGUGUGUAUGUUACAGAUGCCUACAGCGUGGGUGCUGACAUAAAGAACCUGGUGGCAUUCAUGAAAGCUGGAGGAGGAGUGUUGAUAGCAGGGCAGGCGUGGCACUGGGCUGCAAACAGCCCGAAAGAGAACACGCUGCUGCAGUUUGAGGGGAAUAAAGUGUCUGGUGUGGCAGGGAUCUACUUCUCUGAGAGUCGUGCUGAGACAGAGUGUCUGCCUGUCUACCCUAAGAUCCCAUCGUCAUGGAUGGCUGUAGUAAACGGUAAGGAUUUUGAGGAUGACUUGGAGUUUUUACUCGCGGGGGUCUCAGAGUUUGACCUCCAGGGUUCAGCGGUAAGUUCUGAGAUUCUGGUCCACGGCUCGCUUGCCUUUCCUAUUGGUACCACCAAGGAUGGACAGACGUUCCUGGCAGGAUCCUACUAUGGACAGGGGCGAGUCAUUCUGGUUUCACAUGAAGGAUUUCUGGGACGACAGUCACUGGCUCCGUUUUGGAACAAUGCCAUUCAUUGGCUGGAUGAAGGGCAGGGGGUCGUUGGUGUAGCAUCAAAACAUGCCCUCAGUCUUCUCAGCAAGUCUGGGUUACAGUGUGAGAACACUGAGUUCAAGGAAGGUCUGAGUGUCUUUGUGAGCCCAGCCUACAGUGAUAAGCAUGCAAAGGAAAUCCGAGAAUUUGUGGCAGAGGGAGGAGGCCUGCUGAUUGGUGGACAUGCCUGGUACUGGGCACAGACACACCGUGGGAAAAAUGAACUAACAGAUUUUCCAGGUAACAAGAUCCUGAACACAAUGGGCUUGAGUCUGUUGAGAGGAACAAUCAGUGGAGGUUUACACAAGGCCCCUGAGCCUAGCCAGUUCAUCAAAGACAACUACCACUUCCGCCACCUUCUUCACCGCUUUGCUGGCCAUGUAGCCCAUGGGGAGAAACUAAGCAAACAUGAGGAGGAAAACCUAAAAAGGCUGGGCAGAGACUGCAGCAUCUUUUUGCACAUGAAUGCCAAUGAAUGCUCCUCCUACACACAAGUGGUGUCCUCCCUCACUGACAUUGUGAUGAAGUCAGGCAUGCCUAAGGUGUGUGACAGCUGCCCUGUGAAGACUCCCAAAGACCACCUGCUCCUCAGUGUGGCAACAGAGGUUUAUAAGGUCUGCCCAAACCCUGAUGCUCUCCUGCCGUACCUCAUCAAGGAUAACCCCUUGAUGGCGGUUGUCUAUAACCACAGAAUCAAGAUUGAUGUUGACACAGCAGCCGAGGAGUGGAUCAGUACCGGUCUCUUUCUCUCUCCUGGUAUGAAGACCUACAUUGCCAUGCCUGAAGAGAUUGUCAACAAGGGCUGGAAGAUCCAGAUAGGCUGUCAAACAGACCGCCUGAAUGCUGGAGUGAUAAAGAGAGCACCAUGUGUUCAUGCACGGUUAUCUAUAACCGAACAAAUGAUGCAGGUGUGGAACCUGUGGGGGGGGCUCAUCUACCUUGUGGCUCCUGCCAAAGCAAAAGUGGAUGGCCUAGAAGUCACCGUGCAGAUGGCUGUACCUGCGCCAUAUUAUAAAUCAGGCGUGACAACACUAGCCGAGUGGUCGUUGCUGCGCACAGCUCCAUCACCCUGGGCAGAGUUGGAGUUUGAUAACAUCAUCCUUACCGUACCAUCAGAUGUUGUUAGAAACUUGGAGCGCCCUGAUGAGCUGGCAGCGCUGUGGGAUGAGAUCAUGAGGAGCAUCGCUGAUCUGGCUGCUAAACCACACAAAUUUCCUCGCAAAGAACGCUUUGUGACAGAUGUGCAGAUUUCCCAUGGUCUGAUGCAUGCAGGUUAUCCUAUCAUGGCACACAAGGCCACAGCAGCUCAGCUGGUCAGCAUUGCCCAUAUUCGGGGGAAAGGUCUGUGGGGGCCCAUCCAUGAACUGGGACACAACCAACAGAGAGGCUGCUGGGAAUUCAAACCAAACACCACAGAGUGUACAUGCAACCUGUGGUCAGUGUAUGUGCAUGAAGAGGUGUUCGGGAUCCAAAGGGGAAAGGCUCAUCAAGCAAUGGCGUUAGAAAAGCGAAAUAGUCGGGCAAAGACUUACGCUGAGGGGGGCAAAAAACUUGGCACCUGGAGCAUGUGGGUUGCCCUGGAAACAUACAUGCAGCUCCAAGAUAAGUUUGGCUGGGAUGCCUUUAAGAAGGUGUUUGAUGCCUACCUCAAGAUGAGCACCGCUCCAAAGGACAACAAUGGAAAGAUGAACCUGUAUGCUGUGACCUUCUCCCAGACUGUUGGGAUGAACCUGUCUGCGUUCUUUAAGUCCUGGGGCUGGCCCAUCGAUGCAGCCACUGAGGAGAAACUCAGCAACCUGCCUCCCUGGAGCGACCACCCCAUGGUCCAGUAUGGCUGAACUUCAGACUGCUGCUGAGUAAAAGUGCAGAUGGGUCAAACGAGGGCCAAAUGGACAUUGACUAUUCAAUCAAAACAAGUAAAUAUAAUCAAAUUUAAUUAUGUUUAAUCCACAAUUUAAAAUGCAUUAUAUUUCACGUUACUCAAUACUUAUAUACUAAAUGUAAACAAUUUGACAAGCUGGCAUGAAAGAGUUUAAGGUCUGUGAUAGUUAAUUGUUAUUUAGCAGAGGAAAGACAACUUUAUACUUCAAUGGAAAAUUACUGGAAGCUUUGGUUUUAUUUUGACUGUACAAUCUGAGGUAAAUCUCCAAAGUCCAUUCUCACUCCCUCACUACGAUAACGACUAUCAAGCACAUAUAUGGGUAUGUGGGUGUGUAUUUGCCUCUGCUUCUGUUGGUGUAUAUAAAAGUAGCAACUGAGAGAGAAAAAAAACACAGUGAUUGUUACUGGGAAAAAUCACCCAAGAAGUUCUCUGGAAUAAUUUUGUGUUGCAACAUUUUUUUAAUAGGGCCACCAUAAGGACAUCCCUUUGAAUGUUUACCGGGAAGGUCUUUAUGAUUACAUAAUAGACUUUGGACCAUUUCUUUACAUAAAAUAAUCUCACCCAUUUGGUUUGGGCCAACUUAAAAACGUUGUCCUCUUCUGCUUUAAAGGUAAGAUUUGCAAGACUGCCACACUCAGGUAGAACCCCAUCUCAUUACAGAUACCAGAUUCCUACAGGAUCACUUAAACAGAUUUAGUAAGUCUUUGUCCUUAAAACAGUAGUUAAUUGAACCUGAUCCACCAGAAGUUAUUAGAGGUAAGACCUUGCUUGGGUGUCUAAAAGUGAAAGCAAUAUUAAUACAGGCCCACCGACCUUAACAUGAGUUAUAAAAACAUGUUUUCUAAGUCUGUGUCUUGUGGAAAUUAAUCAAAUGCAUCUUUCUAAUGCUCAAUCAGAAUAUUAUACAGUAAGUCGGUCAGGUUUUAUAUUAUUUACAGGUUUUAAAUUUCACAACAAAUAUAUUUGCUUUUACUGUCAAUGGAAAUACACUACUAAACAUUUACUUCACUCUUCUACUUUUUGUUUUUAUUCAUCCAUUCUUUUGAACAAUAAGUGAUGCAUUCCUAUAAAAAAGAUACAUCUUAUUAAAAAAAUGUAACAAUAUUACUUCAAUCAAUAAAAUUAAUCUAAAUACUUUA